UGUUUAUAUUUUGAUCGUCGGUGUGAGGUUGUAAUUUUAAUUACAUACAAAAAAAAACGACUCUUCGUUUAUUACAAAGUAAUGCAAAAUGUGCUCGCCAACGGGAAUUGUAGCGGACAUUUUUACACCGUUUCAGGAUUACGUUAAUUCAGAACAAGAAACUAGAGAGGAGAUACGCAAAAUAAUGAAGGACAUCGAAUCUCCUCUGCGCGAAAUAAUCACCAUACUGCAAGUAAUCCAUCACGCCCGGGACAUCGAACAAGUUCACGCUGCCAUAUUAAGCGCCAGGCAAACUUUCGAAAUAGUCCGUAAAGGCUUCGAUAGAUUAGACAAAAUUGUCCCUGCGGGACAAUAUUACCGGUACAACGAUCACUGGAGAUUCGCUACGCAGCGCUUGUGCUCAUUGGCGGCGCUAAUUGUCUUUUUAGAAAAAGGUGUUUUAAUUAACAAGGAAACCACCGCCGAAAUAUUAGGAGCGAACGAUAAAGCCAACAUUCACCUAGACCUCGAAGACUACCUCAUCGGCCUGCUCAACUUAGCCACGGAAUUAUCCAGAUACGCCGUUAAUUCGGUGACGCUCGGGGAUUACCAGAAACCCCUCCAGAUAUCCCGGUUCGUCGCCGAGCUGAACGCCGGCUUCAGACUGUUGAAUUUGAAGAACGAUUCGUUGCGCAAACGAUUCGACGCCUUGAAGUACGACGUGAAGAAAAUCGAAGAGGUCGUGUACGAUUUGUCCAUCAGAGGCUUCGGGCAAAAUCCCGUUCAACCGAUCAACGAGGAACCGGAUAAUUAAAGUUUCUCUGGUCGUUCGUUUGGUGUAUAUGUUACGGGUAAAGUAAGAUAAACCACUAAACCUAGGUUUACCUAGACUUAGUUGGUUGUCUAACCUUACCCGUAAUAUAACAGGAACCGCUGAAGGGGUAUCGGCAAUUGCUCGAAGUUUGUCAGGAAUUUGUAAAUGUUCGAAUUAAGUUUAUUCAUUUCGGUAAUUAAAGUGUGGAUGUUUUCGUUCGAUUUUUCAAAUAAUGAAAGUAUAUUAAUUAAAUUUGUCCCUGUUUCUGUUCAUCUUUAAAUAUCCUUUAUUAAUUUUUACAAGUAUCUAAUUGUUAUAGUGUAAUGUGAUUUGCCUAAUCUAAAAUUCCCAGUGACAUUUAAUCGUGGAUUAUAAUUAUGUUGGCAA